AUGGUGGCGGACCGAUCGCUUCCACGCCGGCUCUGGUCCGAUACAAUAAAAUUUACCAAGUGGAUCGUCCAGUAUGACGAUAUCGAGGCGCACCGCGUCGGUGUGCCGAUGGUCGGUGUGAAUGACUACGUGCGCAAGCACUGGCACCAUCCCGGCAAGGCUGCGCUCAGCUACGUCGAUACACUGUUUCCGAUGCGCAAAUGGAUCCUGUCGUACAACCUAACGUGGGGCGUCGGCGACCUGAUUGCAGGCAUCACUGUCGCCCUUGUGCUCGUGCCACAGUCCAUGUCGUACGCCAAUGUCGCUGGGCUUGCUCCGCAGUUUGGUCUCUACUCGUCGUUUGUCGGUGUCGUAAUCUAUGCUUUAUUUGCGACGUCCAAAGACGUGACGAUUGGCCCUGUGGCUGUCAUGUCCCUGCAAACGCAAAAUGUGAUCGAGCAGGUGACGAAUGCGACAAACGGCGCGUACUCACCGCAGGUGAUUGCGUCUGCUCUUGCGUUUAUGUGUGGGAUCAUCACGCUGGGCGUCGGUCUUUUGCGCCUUGGCUGGAUCAUUGAGUUUAUUCCUGCGCCUGCUGUGAGUGGUUUCAUGACGGGGUCGGCCCUCACGAUUCUCGUCGGGCAGCUCCCCAAGCUCUUUGGCGAGAAGAUUAGCAAUAACGAGGCCAUGUACAAGGUUGCGAUCAACUUUUUCAAGCACUUGCCCGAUACGCGGAUGGACGCCGCGUUAGGGAUCCCCGCACUCGUUUUCCUUUACAGCCUCCGCUCCCUCUGCAAUUGGAUCGCGCGACGCUACCCCCGCUACGCAAAAGCCGCCUUUUUUACUAGUGUCAUCCGCAGCGCGCUUGUCAUUAUCGUGCUCACCGUUGCAAGUCGCAUCUGGCUGGGCUCCUACCCGCACGGCGAGUAUCCCAUCUCGCUUAUCCUCGACGUGCCCCGCGGCUUCAAGAAUAUGGGACAGCCCGUGCUGCCCAACGAGCUGAUGAGCAAGCUUGGCUCGCAGCUCCCUGCGUCGGUUAUUGUGCUAUUGUUGGAGCACAUUGCUAUUGCGAAAUCGUUCGGGCGCGUAAACAGUUACAAAAUCAACCCGAACCAAGAGCUCGUCGCGAUCGGCGUGACAAAUUUGGUCGGGCCCUGCUUUGGCGGCUACGCCGCCACCGGCUCUUUUUCGCGCUCCGCCAUCAAGUCCAAGUCGGGCGUGCGCUCGCCCAUUGCAGGCUGGGUCACUGCCAUUGCCGUGCUCAUUGCCAUCUACGCACUCCCGGGUGUCUUUUACUGGAUCCCAAACGCGGGGCUUGCCGCAGUUAUUAUUCACGCUGUCGGCGACUUGAUUGCGUGGCCUCCGCAGCUGUACAAGUUCUGGAUGAUGAAUCCGAUUGAGCUUUUUAUUUGGGUUGCCGCUGUGUUAGUCACCGUGUUUACCAGUGUCGACUACGGUGUCUACACCUCCGUCGCCGCCUCUGCCGCCUUUUUGCUCAUUCGUAUUGCCCACCCGCGUGGCCAUUUCCUUGGCGUCGUGCAUGUCCAGCACACGGAUCACAACAGCCCCAUGGGAAUCCAAGCUAGGGAGGUAUUCGUCCCGAUGGACACACAGGACGGCAUGCGCGACCCUUCGAUUCAUAUCUUGCCCCCCCCUCCGGGCAUUUUUAUUUACCGCGUCGAGGAGUCGUUCACCUACCCCAACGCUUCGCGCAUGGCCGAUAUCAUCACGGACAAAAUCAAGCGCGAGACGCGCCCUACACAAGCUUCCGCAAACAUCAAGCCGGGCGAUCGCCCAUGGAACGAUCCAGGGCCGCCCAAUACCUACUUUCUCAAAGCAUGGCGCAAAAUCACCUUUUACAACCGCCGUCACAAAACACACUACACUGUAGAUGACCAGAUUGCCAAGGAAGCAGAGCUGCGGCGCAAUGACGCACGCCCUUUGCUCCACGCACUCGUCCUCGAUUUCGGCUCCGUGGGCAAUAUCGACUCCACCUCUGUCCAGACCCUCGUGGAUCUACGCAAUGCGGUGGAGCGCUACAGCGGCCGCACAGUCCAGUUCCACUUUGCACACAUCCUUAGCCCAUGGAUCCGACGUGGGCUCCUGGCCGGAGGCUUUGGUACCGGGGCGCUCCGACGCCACAUUACCGAGAUCGCCGGCGUUGUUCCACCACGCGAUACACGCACCGUGAUCGGCGAACAGCGACACUUGCCAGCGCUGGCGCAGGCGCCUGCAGCCGUUCCAGAGAGCACUCCACUUGCAGACACGCAGUACGACUUGCCUCCUACUUCCGCAGAUACUGAGGCGCAGAGCGCACACGGCCGGCCCCGCACCUCGUCGUUUGACGACGAUUUGAAAAACCUCGACGCGGUGUACGAUUGUUCGCACGUCGAGAAGGACCGCGACACCAGCCACGGCCAAAUUGCCGUGCCGAUCAUGUGGAACAACGAGCUCACGCCAUUUUUCCACCUCGAUUUACAAGCUGCGGUCGCCGCCGCCAUCGAGAGUUUACCGCAGCACGAUUCCGCGUAA